AUGUCCACUACUACAAUUGAAGUCCCACAAGCAUUCGGAUGGGUCUUGCUUAUGGCUGUUGCUCAUGCCUUUGAACUUUUUGUAUUUGGAGGAGUUGUCGGAAGCUAUAGAAAGAAGCACAAUGUCAAGUAUCCUGAUGUUACUGGACCUGAGGAAUUUAAUCGUGCCAUGAGAGUACAUUACAAUGCAUUGGAAGGUGCUCCAUUCUUCUUUGUUACCUUAUUAAUUUGUGGAUUUUAUUGGGCUGAAUUAGCUGCCCUUGCUGGUUUCAUUUACAUUGUUGGUAGAGCUAUUUAUUGUGUGGGUUAUCUUAAGAGUGUUGAAGGUAGAACUACUGGAGCAAUUAUUUGUCAUUUGGCCGAAUUGAUGUUGUUGAUUGGUUCAAUUGUUUUCAUCUUUAAAAUGAUUGUGUAA